ACUUCAUUUCUACACCCAUUUUUAUUUUAUUUAUCUCACAAAAACCAAUUCAUCCAAAAAUAAAAAACCUUCUUAAUAAUAUUUUCAAGCUUUAUUAAUUAGAGAAACAAUCAAUCAUGUGUGGAGGUGCUGUAAUCUCCGACUUCAUUCCGGCAGGCAGAUCUCAUCGUCUGAAUUCCGAUUAUCUAUGGCCUGAAUUAAAAAAGGGUGUUAGCGGCUAUUCUAAGCCUUUGAGAUCUGAAACUGUUAAUGUUGUUGAUGAAGAUGAUGAUGCUAUUGCUGAUCAAGCUUUUGAGGCUGAUUUUCUUGAGUUUAAAGAUGAAUCUGAUGAUGAUGUUUCUAUCAUUCCUGACUUUAAACCCUUCUCUUUUGGCCUUUUUAAGCCCAAAUCUUCUAAUGGACUGAAGCCUGUGGAGUUCAAUAGCCAGGCUGAGAAAACCGCCAAGAGAAAGAGAAAGAACCAGUAUCGUGGUAUCCGACAACGCCCAUGGGGCAAAUGGGCUGCUGAGAUCCGUGACCCAAGGAAGGGUGUUCGAGUUUGGCUCGGAACAUUCAACACUGCUGAAGAAGCUGCUAGAGCAUAUGAUGCUGAGGCACGCAGGAUCCGUGGUGAGAAAGCCAAGGUGAAUUUCCCUGAGGAAACCCCAGUAUCAGCUGCUGCUCCUAGGCGCACUGUUAAAGCUCGCUCCCAGAAACCCGCUGCUAAGACUGCCUCACCUACACCACAGAACAUGAACCAGAGAUUCAAUAUUAUGAACAAUGCUCAGAAUGAGUAUUACAAUAAUUUUGCUCUUGUGGAGGAGAAGCCGCAAGUUAAUCAUUUUGAGUACUCGAACCCAAUGCCUGCUCUGGGAGAGGUAGCAGUUAACCCCUUUAACUCCCUUUCUGGGGGUAGUGAUCUGUUUUUCAAUUCAGAUGAAGGUAGUAACUCCUUUGAUUGUUCUGACUUCAAUUGGGGAGAGAACGGCCCGAAAACCCCAGAGAUAUCUUCAUUCUUUUCAGCUGCACUCGAAAGUGAUGACAGCGGAAAUGCAACAAAGAAGAUGAAAUCGACAUCAGGAGAUGCUGUACCUGUUGAGGAGAACAGCGGAAAGAGCCUGUCUGAGGAGCUGUCUGAUGUUGAUCUCGAAUCCCAGUUGAAUUUCUUGGAGACGCCUUACCUUGAUGAGAACUGGGCUAUUGAAGCUUUUCUUGGAGGUGAUGCAUCUAAUGGAGGUGUUAAUCCAAUGGAGCUGUGGAGCUUUGAUGACUUCCCCGGAGGAGUCUUCUAAGCUAAGGGUGCGCUUAGCAGACCUUAUGUAAAUAAAACAUGUUAGUUACCACCUCUGGUCAGUUAGUCUUUGUAUCGCCAAAUCAUUCAGAAACAAACUUUGGAUUUCGAGUUUAAUUUUUAAUCUAGAGGUGGUGAUUAGAAUCUGUUUUUGUCCAAUUUUCAGGAGUGUCUGUUCGCGAGGUGACUUUUAAAUAUGAGAUUGCGUAGUGGUCUUAUUGGGCAGUUGCAGUUAUAUGGGAGUACAUAGGUAAAUUUAGGUUCGUUCUUGCAUUUGAGACUCUUUAAGUUUCAGAAUAUGUACUUGCUAUGUUUAUCCCGACUUCAUGAAAGCUGAACCUCUGCUUUCAGUCUGUUAUUGCACCUCUAAUUAUGGUUUGUUGCUUUAUUUCUAAUGCGUCUGCCAUUAGGACAAGCUUCAAUGAAUGGUCAUGUAUUUUGGUUGGCUAAGCCGACAUUUUA